AUGGCCGGAUGCGCCAGAGGAAGCUUCUUUGUCCAAAAGUUGCGUGGUUGGGAUGGUGUGCCUAGGGAAGGUGAUUCACAAAAGCCGAAGUUGGCAAAAGCACCAGCAUCAGAAGCCUUGCAGGCCAGCACAAGCCCGCAGAGGGGACCUGACCGUUGCAGUCUUGCCCAACGGCUGGCAGCAGGAAGGACGUUGGAGCUGCUGACAACACUGAUGGUAGUGCAUUUCCUGAAGAUCUGUGCUGCCAAAGUCACACAGUUGCAGCCCAGAGGAGGUCUCUUUGCUUUCCGGGACGAUCAGCCGGUGUUCAUUCUGAGUGUAUGGACAAGCAGAAAAAUUACUUUGGCUGAUGUGGUUCCAUUGAAGCAGGCAACUUUUCAAGGACGAACCGUCCUCAAAGCCAAAUACACAGAGACCCGCACAUGCAGAUGGAGUGAGCUCAAAGAUGUUGGCUUACAUUUCCAGGUUGCCAACUGUGCGAAUGAUCGCCGUGGAGCGAGCUUGCUGUUCCAGAAGCAACCGGGGGAAACACAAGGAGAUCAAGGCAGAGCUUUGCGCGAGAAUGCAGCUUUGGCAGCUCUCUGGCAGGCUGGCAAUGCAGAGCUAGGUUUGGCCACUUCAUGCACAGUUGAUCACUCGGUGCGAUCCGUUCUGCCACGUUUGCAGGCGCACCUGGCCGAACGAGCUGCUUCAGGUAUUACCCAUCACGCGGCCCCACGCGCAGAUGAGAGCCGUUCCUUUUGGAUUCUGGACCUGCCAUUGCCAGUGCAAGUGGAUGGUCGCCGCCAUCGCUGCCAUACGUGCGCGCACUUGCGCAUCUUCGACAACUGCACCGUGGAGACACAUGAUGUUGUUGCAGCCUAUCCUGACCUGCGGGCUUUGGUGGAGCAAAUCUGUGGCAAUGCUCUUUCCCUCAAUGUAGCUGGGCGCAUGAAAGAAUUUUGCAGUGCAGUGCCCAAAUCUGUAUCCAUCCGCUCCAUUCUCAUGGCAGCAUUGGAAGAUUACACCAAGGCAGCUUCACGCGAGAUGCAGCGGCUCAUCAAUGUGUACAGUGGUUCAGCGAUCAGAGGAGAUGGAAACCAGGAUGUAGCAAAAAGGAUUACAAUGUAUGAUGAAGCAAGUCAGAAAACACACCCAUAUACGGUGCUCCUAGCUUGGGUCACGGUAGACGGGGCCUUGUUUCAGCCUGUAACAGCAGCUGAAACAGAAGACUGGGUCGACUUGCAACCUGAUCUGGAUGCUGUGGUAACCAACCUGAAACAGGACAGGCUGGCAUCAGGCCUGUCCUUAGCUGAGGCAGCCCCAGUAAGUGCAGCGAGUCCAGAUGCCCCAUGCCUCAUUGCUGAUCACAAAGACAUCCUGCAGCGGUUGUCCUUGAAACCAAGGGUGGCAGAAGAUGUUCCACCUGUGCUCUCUGAGCCAGGUCUUUUCCUUGAGCUUGAAGAGGAGGGUGUGACCUUAGCUGCAGCCUUUGGCUUCACAGAGAAUGUAUGCUUUGAAUGUGCUGACACCUGGUUGCAGCUGGAUGCUCUGGAAUUUGACCCUCCAAGGCGGUCUGGAGAUGGCAGCGGCCGGGCAGAUGUGCCGCGGAUUCGCUUGCUCUACAAGCCUGAUUUACACGGAGAUGAUGGGCUCGUUAUAGUUUCCUCUGACGAGGAGGAUGUCAUCUCCCCGCAGCAUGCUCCACCAGACGUGCAUUAG